AUGCAGGUGUUUAACGGUAACCUCUGCACCGCAUCCUAUGUCCGACAGGCAAACGUGCCAUGGAGACAACAAAGUCUCCUGAUGCUACAAGCUCGACACCGACGACGUGGGGGCGUGGUGAAUGUGCAAACCUCGGGCCCAGCACAGGCGCAAGAUCGUCCAAGAAACCAAAAGAUAGACCCACAACUAGCACCAGUGGACGUACAAGGUGGAAGUCGACACAUGGCUCACCAUGACCCAAGCGAGCUUGCACUCAUGAUCGACACCAUCAGAGCAGGGAUGAGCUCCAUGGGUGGAGGCGAGAUAACCGUUUCGCCCUACGACACCGCCUUCGUCGCCCUUGUCGGGGAUCUAGAUGGAGGUGAUGGACCUCAGUUCCCCUCCAGCAUUGACUGGAUCGUUCAAAACCAGCUGCCCGAUGGUUCGUGGGGUGAGAGCUCGUUUUUCCUGAUCCAAGACCGGAUUAUGAACACCCUAGCAUGUGUUGUGGCCUUGACGUCAUGGAACCUUCACGUUGACAAGUGCGAGAAAGGCUUGAAGUUUAUCAGAGAAAAUAUGUGGAGGUUGGCCGAACAAGAAGAAGACUGGACGCUAAUAGGCUUCGAGAUUAGCUUCCCCUCGCUCCUAUGCAUGGCCAGGGACCUGGGUCUUGACAUUCCUUAUGAUCACCCUGCCUUGGACGCAAUAUAUUCCCAGAGAAACCAAAAGCUCAGCAAGAUUCCUUUGGAUAUACUGCACAGUAUACCAACGACUCUACUUCACAGUGUCGAGGGAAUGGUGGACUUGGACUGGCAAAGGCUGCUUAAGUUGAAGUGUUCAGAUGGUUCCUUCAGAACAUCACCUGCAGCAACAGCUCGUGCUUUGAAGGAAACAGGCGACCUAAAAUGCCUCAAAUACAUAGAUGAAAUCGUCAAAAAGUUUGAUGGGGGAGCGCCCUGUGUCUAUCCUGUGGAUUUGUACGAGCGUUUAUGGGCCGUUGAUCGGUUGACGCGUCUGGGCAUAUCGAGGCACUUCACAAGUGAAAUCAAGGAGUGCUUAGAUUUUACUUACAGGCAUUGGACUCAGGUUGAAGACGAUGGACUGAGCCACGCAGGGUCGUGCUCAGCAGCGGAUAUCGAUGAUACCGCGAUGGGUUUCCGUCUCCUCCGUUUAAACGGCUACCACGUCAAUCCAUGCGCACUGAAGAAAUUUGAAAAGGACGGCGAAUUCUUCUGCUUCCCUAGGCAGUCGAGCCAAUCUGUCACGGCCAUUUACAACACAUACCGCGCCACCCAGGUCGCUUUUCCCGGCGAGAAGGACGACGUCCUUCGGCGGGCCGAGCAGUUUGGCCGCGCAUUCCUCCAAGAGAGGCGAGCCUCCAACAAACUCAACGACAAGUGGGUCAUCCCCAAGGAUUUGCCAGGCGAGGUAGAAUACGCACUGGACUUCCCCUGGAAAGCAAGCUUGCCACGAGUCGAAACAAGGUUCUAUCUGGAGCAAUAUGGGGGCGGCGAUGACGUGUGGAUUGGGAAGGUCCUCUAUAGAAUGCCUCUCGUCAACAAUGACCUGUACCUAGAGGCGGCGAAAGCUGAUUUCACCAACUUCCAGAGAAUGUGCCGACUUGAGUGGCAUGGCCUGAAAAGGUGGUAUGAGAGGAAUAAUCUGGAAAUGUAUGGUGUGUCCGCAAAUAGCGCACUCAGAGCUUACUUCUUAGCGGCAGCAAACAUCUUUGAGCCGACCCGAGCAGCAGAGCGCCUGGCAUGGGCUCGCACGGCGAUGCUCGCUGAGGCUGUCUCCUCCUACUUCCAACGCAACGGUUGCGCUCCCGAGUUGAGGGAACGGCUCAGUGCUAUCCUCACUCCCGGCCACAGCCACAAUCUAGCAAGGGGGGCAAUGGAUUCAGUAGAAAAUAGCAUACCACAUGUUGUUAAUGAGCUGAUCAUGGACCUCAGCAAAUUUGACAAUGCCGCCGACACUCUUCGCGAAGCUUGGAAGGACUGGUUCACGACAUGGACUGCAAAGGAGAGCAGUGGACCAUGUGAAUGGAGUACAGCGUUGCUGUUAGUUCGCACAGUCGAGGUCUGCUCAGGAAGGCAUGGCUCGACCCAACAGCAACGGAACAUUUCGGAGUAUACCCAGCUCGAGGGGCUCACCUCUUCCAUAUGCCGCAAACUUUCAUCUAGGGUUCUUGCACAGGGUGGACAAAAAAUGGAAAACAUAGAGGAUAUAGACCGACAAGUGGAUUUGGAUAUGCGAGAACUCACUCAACAUGUUCUUCAGAGCUGCAACGGUGUCAGCGGACUGACCAGGCAGACUUUUAUGCACGUGGUGAAGAGCUUCAACUACGUCACCCUUUGCCCACAUGACACAAUUGAUUGCCAUAUCUCCAAGGUCUUAUUCGAAGAUGUCAUUUAG